UAAAGGAGAUAAGAGACACUUCAAAGAAGCACCACUAGGAUCGACUAAGAUAAUCGAUUGAAUUUUGAAAUUAUCUGAAAUUGAGACAACAUUCAAUCGAAACCAUUCAUUGCGUAACGGCCGCGUUAUUUUUCAUUAAUAAUAAGCAAAACGAAAAAAAAUGUUUUUGCUUUCAAUUUGUGUCUUUGCGGUAAUAUCAUCAGGACUUUUCAUAGAAUCAAAAGCGUUCGACUACAAUCGAACAUGGGAAAUGGAAAAUGAAUUUUUGUACGACACAUUUCCGGACGAUUUCCUAUGGGGCUUUGCAACGUCUUCCUAUCAGAUCGAAGGCGGAUGGAACGAAAGUGGAAAAGGGUUAAGUAUUUGGGAUACAUUCGUUCACAGAGAAGAUAGUCGUGUGAACAAUAAAGAUACCGGCGAUAUCGCUUGCGACAGCUAUCAUAAAUACAAAGAAGACGUUCAACUGCUUAAGCUAUACGGAGCAGAUUUCUAUCGUUUUUCAAUAUCAUGGGCAAGAAUUCUACCGGACGGAACGACAAAUCGCAUAGAACAUGGCGGUAUAGACUACUAUAACAAUCUUAUUGAUGAAUUGGAAGCCAACGGAAUCAAAGCAAUGGCAACGCUCUAUCAUUGGGACCUGCCGCAAGCAUUGGAAGACAUUGGUGGCUGGAGAAACGAAACGAUGGCCGACUAUUUUGCCGACUUUGCCAGAGUCGCUUUCGAUCACUUCGGCGACAGGGUCAAACUUUGGUUGACUUUUAACGAACCGUGGGUGUUUUGCAUUCUAGGCUAUGGAAAUCCGGAACUAGCUCCUGGUUUGCUUGAACCAUUGCAUUCACAUUAUGACUGCAUUCACAAUGUUCUUAAAGCGCACGCAAAUGCUUAUCACAUUUACAAUGAUGAAUUCAAGCCGACUCAAAAUGGAAAGUGUGGUAUAACAUUGGACACCAAUUGGCCAGAGCCGAAAAAUGCAUCGAAUCCCGAAGAUGUUGCCGCUGCGGACAUACAAAUUAAGUUUUCGCAUGCAUGGAUGGGAAGUCCAUUGUAUCAUGGUGACUAUCCGCAACUGAUGAGAGAUAAAGUGGACAGAAAAAGUGAGGAAGACGGUGUGCCAUCAAGACUGCCAACCUUUGACAACUACUGGAUCAAUAGAAUCAAAGGCUCGUUGGACUUUUUGGGCCUGAAUCACUAUUCAACCGAUUUGCUUGAACCGGGUUUUGAAGACCGACCGGAUUGGUGGGGAGACAGAGAUGUACGCGCUUCAGUCAGCGAUUCUUGGGAGGGAAGCAUAUCGGGAAAACACAUCGUUCCGUGGGGUAUGCGAAGACUACUAAAUUGGAUCAAGGAAACUUAUGGUAAUCCCGACCUGUACAUCACUGAAAAUGGGUAUGCCGAUCCGGAGAACGGCACUACGGAUGAUACGACACGGAUCCGAUUUUAUCGCGAGUACAUAAAUGAAGUGCUGAAGGCAAUCAAAUUGGAUGGUUGCAAUGUUAAGAGCUACACGGCAUGGAGCUUGUUGGACAAUUUUGAAUGGACUCCGGGAUAUUCGCAGAGAUUUGGUGUUACGUGGGUAAAUUUUACUGAUCCGGAGCGAACACGUAUACCGAAAAAGUCGGCACUGUCGCUGAAACAGAUCUUUGUCGACCAUGGUUUUCCCAGUGACGCGACGAAAAUUUUGAGCAACGUUAACGUACUCGUAGCAUCGUUGGUUUAUUUGUUUCGUAGAUUCAUGUAAGCUUUACGUUCCUGUCUGACGUAAAUGACUUCCAAUCAAUUUCUAAUAAAACAUUUUCGUUC